CGGAUCAUGCCAUGGCAGCGCCGGCGAGCGACAGCAGCAGCGGCGGCGGCGGCGGAGGCGAGCGGAGCCCAGCCAGCAGCCCCGGGAGCUCGACAGGAACCGGGGGCGCCGUGGCGGGAGCCCGGGGCAGCGGGGACGCGGAAGCCCGGAGCGCAGCGGUGAUAGUGCCCGGCCUCCCUCCGCUCGAGGACUACGAGUGCAAAAUCUGCUACAACUACUUCGACGCGGACCGGCGCGCGCCUAAGCUGCUGGCGUGCCUGCACACCUUCUGCCAGGAGUGCCUGAGCCAGCUGCAGCUCCGCGCCGCCGCCGCCGCCGCCGCCGCAGCGCCUGAGCGCCCGCUGCGCCCGCCGCCCUGGCACGGCCCGCCCGGCGCCAUCGCGUGCCCGGUGUGCCGCCACCGCACGCCACUGCCCGACAGCCGCGUCCACGGCCUGCCCAACAAUACCAAGCUUGCCGAGGCCUUCCCGCUUGCCCGGCGCGCCUCUCAAGACCCGCUGCCCCAGGACCGCCUACCGCCGCUGCCCCCGCGCCGCCCAGUGCCCGCCGCGGCCCCGUCUCCCGCUGGGGCCCCGCCGCCGCCGCCCGCGGAGCACGCGGCCCGCGGACCACGCGCCUACGAGAGCUGCCAGAACUGCAAGCGCGCCGCGCUCACCGCCGGCUGCGUGUGCGUCGUCUUCUCCUUCCUCUCCAUGGUGGUGCUGCUCUUCACCGGCCUCAUCUUUGUCAACCACUACGGCGGCGGCGGGGCGCCCCCCGGAGGCGGGGCGCCCCCUGGCGCGGCCCCGGCAGCCGGUUCGCCCUCGCCUUCGCCCGUGGGUCCCAUCUGUCUGUCGGUGGCCAGCAUCCUGGCUCUCUUCUCGGUCGUCGUCACUUGGGUCAUCUGCUGGCUCAAGUACCGGCCCGAGGGCGCGGCCGCAGGCUCGGCUGGGGGCGGCGGCGGCGGCAGUGGCCUGAGGGCACGGGCAGCGGCGACAAGAGGCGCGCGGAGGAGCGACACGUAGCGGGGCGGCAGGCCUGGCCUCCCGCCUGCACCUCCAGCCCAGAGCGGCCUGAGAGGAGGGGCCCUCUGGCCCGAUGCGCUGGAGCUUCUCCGCCCUCUACUUGCGACCCCAGGACGCACACCCCCUCAUCGCCCGGCCACUUCGGGGCUUCGGUUUUCCGACUCGGUGGCCUUCCACGCCCCCUACUCCGCGCUGGGCCAGAGGGAACCCGAGGAGGCGGGGAUGCUGGUGAGGAUCCCGGUCUCCACGGACUGUGCAAACUCAACUUCCGCUUCAUGCACCACCCUCAUUCUCUCCAGAGUGCACAGCUGUCCCUCCCUGGAGUCCGAGGAUUUGCAAAGAGAGGAGGAAAGAGGAGUGGGAACCCCGCCGCCCCCCCGGAAGCUGGUUGUCUGGCUGCUGUGACUUGAGUUUCUUUUCAGGGUAUAGGUGCCUGCGCGCACUUCUGCAGCAAUUGUGGAUGGGCGUGAAUUGUCCAGAGGAAGAAUUAAUGAGAUGUAAACAUGAGAGAGAAGGUUUCUCUGCUUCUUAGAGGUCCUGGAGAGCGAGUGAGCCGGAACGCUGAGAAUGAUGUACAUUCCGCGGGGGCACGGCGCCGGCGUGAGUGGGGCUGCUCAGACCAACCGCCCGCGUCUGUGCGAGAUUGGGCAGGUGCGCAGCGCGCGUGCGCGCUGGGAUCUGCCUCCCGACUCCUGGCAAAAGAGAGGUGGUGGCGCGCACAGGGCGGUGGGUCCUUUAGCUUGCGGCGGAGCAGAGUCCAAAGUCCCAGCUCCUGGAAAUCUGUGGUGGCUUUAUCAUUAUUGCUACCUGGAAAUCAUUUCAUCUUCUGUAACUGGACUCAGGGAGCUUUCAGAGCCCGUUCUCUCUUCUCCUUUCAAAACUGACUGACUGUUGCCCCCACCUGGAAGAUAUUGAAAACUAUUGAAGCAGAAUAGAAACUGUAGGCUUCCCUCCCACCCCGCCUUUUUUCUUAAUUUCAUUUUAAAAAUUAUUUAUUUUCGAAUAUAUAAAUCUGGAAAUCUUGUGAAUUAAAAUUUCCAGAAAAGUUGUUUGAUAAGCAGUAAUAUUUCUCCGGUACCUCUAGUCCAAAUACAUUUCAAAAUUAGGAGCAGAAAGUAAAGGCGUGUUGGUAAUUGAAUCAAGAUUUUAUGCUGUGAAGCAACUAAUGACUUUCAGUUAUCUGAUAAAAUAGAAAAUAAGGCUCACAGACGAAACAAGUCAACUAACAAGUCUUUCUUCCCUUAAUUACAAAUACAUAUUACACUUAUCAGAAGAAUAUUAUUUUGAAUUUAGCUGUUUAAUACUGUUAGAAAUCACUGAAAUAUUCACAUCUGAUCCAAUUAGAUGAAAAAGAAUACAUAUCUAUCCGAUUUUUUUGUAACUAAAAAGAUGAGCUGGGAGUGUAUGUUCCAUUGGGAGUGUUAGAUGCUUUUUUUAAAGAAAAAACCCUAAAUAUUCCAAAUAUAUUUUAUAUGAAAACAUUCCUUAUUCCAUCUUUUGAAGUUUGGAAUAAGACAACGUUUUCAUGCCUAAAAACCACAGAAGUUACUAAGGAUAUACUGUUAUUCCUUGUCUAUUUAUGCAAGCCGUCUGCAUGAUAUUCUGACACUGUUCUAUUAACUGAACUUGAAUGGAGCAUUUGUAUCUAUCAGAGAGUGAAGUAAUUUAUUGGCCAUUGAUAAGUGGUAUGGCUACAAUUUAGUAAUUGCAAUAUGGCGUGUUUUAUGUUUGCACUGUCUUAAUAAAAAUAAGAAGCGUUUAUAGAAAAAUCAUUUUCGUGAAACUUAUGGGGAAAUUGGUCAAAGUUAUUUGUGUGACACUUUUCUUCCUGAAAUACACAUCCCCAUCCAAAUGUCUAAUUUCACAUUUUGAAUGGGGCUGAGAGAGAAGUAUCUCACACGUGCGAACAUAUUACUAGGGUGGGCAUUUCAUGGAAUUACUUCUCUUUCAGAUUAAUGGGACUCCUGAAGGCCAAGUGAGAUUCAUUGUAUUCUAAGACUUACCU